AUGAAUCAUUACUUCGUCCUCCUGACCUACUCUAGUUCCUUUGCCGCGCAUCCACGUAAUUGCGUGAUCUCCGCGGGCGCAGCUCUUGCAAGCAUCGUGUCUCCGCUUCUUCUAGACGACGCAGACUUCGGUGUCCUCGAUACUGGUAUCGAACUCGAAGAUCUCCCAGGUGGAGAGCAGAUUGGAUCCAGAGGUGAAGGACCGCGAACUGGCCGCGAGGCACGGCGAAAGGAGAAGCGAGCUGGAAAGCUCAAAGAACUUGCUGAUCGCGAAGACAUGAAAUUCUCGCACAGCAUACAAUUCAAUGCGGUCCCAGACUGGAGUAGCAACUAUAUAUCCUACAGCAACCUGAAAAAACUCAUAUAUACACUCGAGAAGCAGAUAAAUUCCCAAGGCGGCCAGACUGGUCAAGAUGGCCACGACGCAGAACGAUCACCGUUGCUCACCGGUCAACAGCUGGACCCAGACACUACCUUCAAGCGCAUGCUUGACUCCGAACUUGACCGAGUCUGUUCCUUUUACCGGCUGAAAGAGCUUGAGGUCUAUGGAGAGGUUUCGCAGCUCAUCAAAGACAAGGAAGCCUAUGAGGAGGAAACUCGAGGCGUGAAUAUGGAGGAGGUCGCGGAAGCCGAGAAUCGACGAAAACAAAGCCGAUCUGGCAGCCUUUUCCAAUUGCCCUUUCGACGAACACGACGCGCAAGUAAUAUGAGUGCCUCUAUCGAGGAAGAAGGAGAGCAAGCAGACAGCGACAGUGAUGCUGAUGAAGGUCAUGCAUUGACUCGUAAGCCAUCGAUGAAGCAGAGGAGCAAAAGUGCUUGGGAUGGUUCUAGUGCCUCAAACGCACUGGCUGAUUCGAGAGAAGACCUGCGGAAUCCGCCUGACUUUAUGAAUCCGUCAAUCCGACGAAGACCAAGUUUAGCACUGCAAAUGGACCAAAACGACCCAGGUCACCUAUCAGCCUUGUUCGACUCAGGAAUCACGUUGAAGAAGCGAACAAUCAGCAUAUACGUCACUCUGUGCGAACUCAAAUCGUUCAUCCAGCUGAACCAAACGGGUUUCAAGAAAGCCACCAAAAAAUAUGACAAGGUUUGCGAUAGAGAUAUGCGGAAAGACUACUUGGAGAAAGUUGUAAACACAGCAUAUCCUUUUAAGCAAUCGACAAUGGUGCAUCUUGACGCCAACAUAGCCAAAGUAGAGUCGAUCUACGCGGACGUUGUCACCAAGGGAGACAUCGAGCUGGCAAGGAGAGAACUGCGGCUACAUCUACGAGAGCAUGUUGUGUGGGAACGGAACACUGUCUGGAGGGAAAUGAUUGGCAUUGAGCGCAAGGCGCAGGCCGCCAACCUCGGCAUCAAGCACACAUUGUUGGGUGGAGAUAAUGACCGUUCCACGACUCGCUUGCAAGGUGAUAAUCACUUCGGGGAGACGAAAGAAGUCUCCACUCCUGUUGGACGUUAUCGCUGCCCGUCUUGGUUAGUUAGCUCUACCUUCUUUGCGCUCGUCAUCAUCAUUGCUGUCUUUAUUGUGCUCCUCAUGGUACCGAUCAUGAAGAGGCCGGAACAACAAAACUGCCUGGCAAUGUUGGUCCUCGUGAGCUUGCUAUGGGCGACAGAGUCUAUUCCACUUUUCGUCACGUCACUUCUGGUCCCAUUUCUGGUGGUUGUGCUUCGCAUCAUGCGCUCAGACGAAAAGCCAUAUCAUCGACUUGAAACGAAACAGGCUACCAAAGCAGUAUUCGCUGCGAUGUGGACACCCGUCAUCAUGCUGCUCUUGGGCGGCUUCACCAUUGCUGCAGCUCUAUCCAAGUACCACAUUGCCAAAAUGAUGGCUACCUUUGUGUUGAGUAAAGCCGGCACCAAACCACGGACUGUGUUGAUCACAAACAUGUUCGUCGCCAUGUUUCUCAGCAUGUGGAUAUCAAACGUUGCAGCACCAGUCCUUUGCUUCUCUAUCAUUCAGCCGAUGCUUCGAAAUCUUCCUGCCGACUCUCACUUUUCGAAAGCACUCAUCCUUGGAAUAGCUCUCGCCUCAAACAUGGGCGGAGCAGCCUCCCCCAUUGCCUCACCUCAGAACCUUAUCGCGCUCCAAAACAUGUCCCCUGUCCCCUCUUGGGGAAUCUGGUUCUUUAUUGCCCUACCUGUCUGCAUCAUAUCGAUUCUUCUCAUCUGGGUCCUUCUUUUAGUCUCAUUCCAUCCAGGUCGAGGCACCACCAUCGUGCCAAUCCGUCCAAUGAAGGACAAAUUAAAUGGUGUCCAGUACUUCAUCAUCUUCGUCACCCUUCUGACCAUCGCUCUAUGGUGCGUCAGCCGCCAACUCGAGUUCAUGCUCGGCGACAUGGGCGUCAUAGCCAUCAUCCCACUCGUCCUCUUCUUCGGCACUGGCAUUCUCACCAAAGAAGACUUCAACAACUUUCUCUGGACCAUCAUCAUCCUUGCAGCUGGUGGCUUAUCCUUAGGCAAGGCAGUUUCUUCGUCCGGCCUCCUACAUACUAUCGCCCAAGCGAUCACGGCGAAAGUGGCGCAUCUGAGCGUCUAUGGCAUGCUUGUUGUCUUUGCGGGGCUCAUUCUCGUGGUUGCCACUUUCAUUAGCCAUACAGUUGCUGCGUUAAUUAUCCUACCAUUGGUCCAACAGGUGGGGGCAAGUAUGAGUGAGCCGCAUCCUAAUCUUCUAGUGAUGGGAAGCGUGUUGAUGGCCUCUGCGGCGAUGGGCUUGCCUACCAGUGGCUUCCCAAAUAUGACUGCCAUCAUGAUGGAGGUUCCCGAGACGGGACAACGUUAUCUCCGUGUUAAGCAUUUCAUUACCCGUGGCAUCCCGAGCAGUAUCAUGGCAUUUGCCGUCGUCAUCACUGUUGGAUAUGGUUUAAUGCUUGCCGCUGGCAUGUAG